UUUACCAUGGGGCCGUUUUGACAUGGACCUGUUCGGUAUUUACCAAUAUAAUGAACUUUCCGUUCUUUACUACGCCCUUUCAUUAGCUGGCAUUGGCGAGCGUCAUUUUCAAUAAUUAAUCUAGAUCUAUAGAUCACCAAAAAAGGAACUGAUUGAAUUGUAUUAUUAGAUAAAAAGGGAAAGUAAAAGCCUAUGACGAUAUGGAUUCAAGCUCAUACUUGAUGAUGUUGUAUGUAACCUUGGAGCAGGAAUCUGCUCUUAGGGACUUCUUCGGAGAGCAAGGAUGGAUGUUUUGUAAACCAGAUUUGUCAGUUACCACAGACAAAUUAGGACCUAGCAUUCCAUGUAAACAAGAUCCUGAUGAAGAAACAAUUUUUCCAGAGACAAACAUGUUCCCAGUUGUUAAACCAUCAUUUCCUACAAUUAAAAUAAAUUCCAUUCUAUCAAACAUGGAAAGAAAGAAAACUUUCAUACCAAGAAAAGGGAAACGGAAAGCAACAUCACUUCUGAAGAAGCCAGUGAUUCCGGUGAAACAAACUAGAGGUGCGAAAGAUAAAACAGUUGCUACAGUAGAGGAAUCUAAUGAAAAUAAAGGCACAGAAAGUACAAAGGCAAUAGAGGCAGAAGAUGAUUCUCAGUUUGAAAUUAAGAUUGAAAGGGAUAACGAUGAAAAUGAAUCUCCAGAUACAGGUUCAUUGAAUGAGGACACUGAUGGUGAUGGUGAUGAUGAUUUUAGAGAUAAAGACGACAUGGAAUAUGAUAAUGAGGUAGAAACAGCGGAAAGUGUUGAAAAUGCAAGUGGAAAAGGUGAAAGUGUCGAGUCUGCAGAUGGUUCUGUUGUUGAUGAUACUGUAGCGAGUGAAAGCACUACAAACAAAAUGGAGAGUUCAAAAAAACCUUUUGAAUGUAAAAUUUGUGGGAAAACAUAUUCAAAAAGUCAUAUGAGCAGACACAUGAAAUUGCAUGACUCAAAUGCGGAACUUCACCAUUGCCGGGUGUGUGGGAAGGGUUUUUAUGAAAAAUACUCCAUGAAAAGGCAUGAGAUGGCCCUGCACCAGUGUGCCAAACCACACAAGUGUGAUCUUUGUGAUGAAUCAUUCUCCUAUACGUACCAAGUAAAACUUCAUCAGAGCAAAGUACACAAUAUUGGAAAUAAAUACGAGUGUUUAAGGUGUGGAAAGUCCUUUCCGAUACAUUGCAACUUUCAGGCACAUGUCAAAAUAUGUUCAGAUCAACCACAGGAACGGAUAACAUGCGCUUUUUGUGAAAGGACGUUUAAGAGCUCCGAUUCUCUGAGAGGUCAUAUUCGGAAUAUCCAUCUUAACACGCAGGCCUAUGUUUGUGAUUUAUGUGGCAAAACUUUCAGCAGAAAAAGCAUCUUAGAACGGCACUUGAAAGCAAAAAAACACACAUUGGAUCUGGAAACUACAUAGCUAUUCCAUUCAAAUGAUUGAUACAA